AUGAUACAUCGACCAUAUUUCAACAAUUGUUAUACUACCUUCUCGAAUGGACCAAUCCCACCUAGCCUCGAGUUUACAGCCCUUCUGGCCAUCGUCUGCGCCACCGCUUUACAGUUUUUGCCUGAAAGUGACGAGGAUGAAUUUAUCUUCGCCGAUUAUCCUCAAGGGCGCCAAAUACUUAAAAAACGGAUGUAUGAUUUUACUCGCUCAGUCCUCGUCACAACAGCCAGUCCACCUGUAUCAUCAAUUGAACGUAUCAGAGCAUUGACACUAUUUUCGGUGUACCAGUGGAAUGAGGGCAACGCUGCGGAAUGCUACUUUGCUUCCGCUCUCGCAAUACGCAUGGCUCAGACUCUGGCGAUGAAUCGGGACGGCGAGACGACGUGGCAUAUGAGACCUCAAGAUGCUGAAUGGAGAAGAAGGCUGUGGUGGACGCUAUUCGUCUUUGACAGAUUCCAUGCAGUGGAGUAUUGCCGCCCAUAUGUCAUCUUCGAACAUCACACAGAUGUCGCAGCUUCCAUGAAUCUCGACGAGAUAAGCCUGGAGACCGAUGAUGAAUUGGUACCUAAAUCCAUGGAGGAACCCACCGACUCCCUAUAUCUCAUUAUCCAAAGUCGAUGGGCACAAUUAAUCGGUCAAAUUUGGGAUAGUUGCUUUGCUAUCAAUCUCCCCACGUACCGCACCGUUGUCGACUUUGAGAACCGAAUACGUAAAUUCGAGCUGGAUCUACCAGCGUCGUUCCGUUAUCAGUCCCCGCAGGUAGCACAGUCUCGCCCGUACCUCCAGUUCCAGGUAUGCAUGUCAAUUGGGUAUCUGUAG